CUAAGCUCAAUCUUUUAAGAUUGAACAUUAGUCUAAGGAGUCUGCGCUUUAUUUCUCCUGCACAAGAGGCGUGAUCAAUGGGCAUAUAGUUCAAAUGACUGUACGCUUUUGGAUAGUCCUUCAAGCAAUCAGAGCAUCAAUCCGAGUGGGCCUUUUGCUAGUUUGUGAUUGGACCAAAAGGUGUGGACUGGAAGCAGGAGAGAUAGCCUGAAUGUGCAAAUUCCCGAUCUGAGCUGCAGGGCAAAAUCCAAAUCACCAGCAGAGGCAGGGUUCACAGAGCCUAAAGCUUUUGGGUACUUCACCUCUAAUACAAAAGUGGCUCUAUUGUCUGCCAGUGGUUGAACACAAACCCAAUAAUGUCCACAAUUUGGGGAAAAAAGACUCAUGCACCCCAUGGCAUUGUUGGAAAGCUAAUUGCCCCUGAGGUUUGCUCUUGUUUUGCAUGCAAAAUGUAGCCUGUUUCAUUUCAUUUCAUUCGAGUUAUGAAGAUGGAGGGACUGAAUGUAAUACUUUACAGAUUUCAAGGCACAAAGACACAAUUACUUGUUUACAGAUGGUCAAAGGCACGUUACUUGCUUACACUUGAAUACAAAAUGAAGAACUGAUAUGGCAAACUUAAAAGGCUGCUCUGUCCAAGUCCAUUCAAGCGUUACAUUACGCUGCUGUAUCUAACACCCUUCCUGAUAUUCAUUUUUUUUAUUGAGUAAUUUAAUUCAGUCUGUGCCAUAUACUUUUCAUUUAUUUAACGUUACGUGUCCUUCAAUUAAGCUACACAUGCGAAUUUAGGUUGUUGAACAGUUUAGUGUUGUUGGCCCUCUCGUCGCAUUGCAAUUACAUAUAAUUUAUGGGCUAUUUAAACCAAAUGAAGGUGACAUUUAUGGCUUCCCCCUAUCAGGAGUUGGUUUUGGCGAGGCAGCUGAAUGAAAUGUAUAAUGGUGCCUGCACCCUGCGACAUAACCAAUCAGUCUUUAAGGUCACUGCAUCGGCUGGCUCCAGAAACUCCAUCAGUCAACUGACGCUCUCAGAAAUUUAAACCGGUGGUUACUUGGAGACGGAGAAAGGGCGAAAACGAGGCGAGCGCGGUAACCUUAUACGCUGGACAUCUAAUGGCUACAACGCACAUCGAGGGGUAGCUUACCUUUUGAUUCCCAAAUUUCAUACAUCUUUAACUGAUACUCAAAUACAAUUUACAGCGCUUUCAGGAAGCCAAAUGACCGCAUCUGCUCGUAAGAAUGCGCUGUGAUCACCUGGAUCUCACCUGAACUUUUACCGGGCUUGGAGAGCGCAAUGGCGAAUCGGCAAAAGAAAAUAAUAUUUUCAGUAGGCGGUUUUCUAUGUUUCGCCUGCGUUUUGAUAGUCGCCGCCGCGAUGGGUACACACUUUUGGAUCAAGGGAACCGUUCUUUGUAAAACAGGCGCGCAGUUGGUCAACGCCUCCGGUCCUGAGCUGGAUAAAUUUAUUGGUAUGGUGAGCUACGGACUUUUUCACGGGCAACGCGUGAAGCAAUGUGGUCUUGGUGGAAGACCUUUCCGAUUUUCAUUCUUUCCUGACCUGUUGGAUGCCAUCCCAGCCAAUCUCCACAUCAGUGUGAUCUUCUUCUGUGGUGUGCUCAUUUUCUUCUCCUGCGUCUCCACGGCCUUCUUUUUGUACAACGCCUUUGGCAGCCCCUAUGAGACUCUACAAGGCCCCCUUGGACUGUACCUGUGGAACUUCAUCAGCUGUGUCUGCAGCUGUCUGGUCAUGAUCCUGUUUGGUGCUGAGGUGAAGCUCCAUCGCCUCUCUGAACGCAUCGCCAACUUCAACGAGGGCAACUUCCUUUACAAGACUUACACGGAGCAGUAUGACCGCUCUUUCUGGCUUAUCUUCCUCACCUUCCUCACGCACGGCCUCAACAUCCUUUUGAUACGCCUCGCUGGGUUUCAGUUUCCUUUCCAGGAGGCCAAAGAGCCUGACCUGAGCACCGGGGCAUCCGAUCUCAUGUACUAGUCGCAGUAGUUGGCCUACUUUGAUCCUGUGCGAUUACUUUUUCUUUAUUAUUAUUAUUGUUAUUAUUGGCUCCUAUGAUGGCAUUGGAGCAACUGGGCAAUACAUUCUCUUCGGUGGGAUCCCUGGUGGUAUUAGAUGUUCCGCACACACACUAAACUGUAUCGUUUGAGUGGCAGUGCGUGCUGUGUAUUGAAAUGUGACAUUUUCAGAUAGAGGGGGCCCAUACUGAGAGGAGUGGGUUGGUGUAGUCAUGAUUUGUCAUGACACAUUGGGCCUCUCUCAACAUCCCUCCUUGAUCCUCGAUGCUCGGUCCUACGGAUUCGUUCCCACUGAUCUAUAACUAGCACUGAAUAGAAUAUUCCAUUGUUGCCGCCCCAUCAUUCUUUAUAGAUCAGUGAGGACGAGGGCCGAGGAAGGGAGGAUGUAUAAAACACGAAUGAGAGGCACCUAUUGUGGUAAAGGUGGAAAUGAGUUAGUCCCUAGAUCCUUCUCUCGUUUUUCUAAACUGCUAACAUAGCUGAAGGUAUCAACCUGAUUUCACUGUGGUUCAAAUGGAGAACAGGAAGUAGAAUAGAAAAGCACAUCUUAUUUCAUUCCUUGUUUCUCUUAGUGUUGUGUGUGACAGUCAGUCUCAUUCUUAGUUUGUCCUCAAAAUACACCAUGUUGUGCCAAUGACUAAUUGUUAAAACUGUAUUAAAAUUGUAGUAUUUUUCUUUUAAAUAGUAUUUUAGUUUUUAGUUUUUUUUAGAAAGCAUAAUGAAGUAACAUGCUAAUGUAAUGUGUACAAUUCUAUCUGUGCAGUAUGUGGAAGUAUUUUGGACAAAAAAAUGAAUAAAUCCUGCAAUUUUCAUGGA